ACUAGCCUUUAACUAUGAAGAAUCAACUCAGGUCUUGCUCGAGUACAGUUCUGCAGUUACCAAUGACUCCAUUCACAAAACAGCUUUUUGUGCCAAGUUUACUCCUAAUGCUUGUCGCUGUAUCAGAUGCAUCAGGCAUGGCUAGCGCCCCAGGUUAUGCAAGAUGCAUGAUCAAGAGAUACAGGCAUUGCUAUAACCUGGAGCAGACUUGCCCUUCAUUCUGCCAUAAUGGCUGCAUAGUCGAAUGUGUCUCUUGCAUGCCUAUGUGUGUUGGAGACUCGAGCCCGAUCCUAGACUAUUCUAUUUCUUUGCCAAACCCUCUCACUCUUCUUCCACUAGAAUUCCCAAAAUCUCAUACCCGUUCGUUGCUAAAUGUUCAUCCAUCAGAGUCUGAUGGCAAUGAUGGCAAAGGUCCACCAAAAUCUGAAGGAUCUAAUGAAAAACCAUCACCUCCAGAACAGAGCGGCGAUGAUGGUGGUGAAUCUGAAGGAUCUAAUGAAAAGCCAUCACCUCCAGAACAUAGCGGCGAUGAUGGUGGUGAAUCUGAAGGAUCUAACAAAAAGCCUUCACCUCCAGAAGACAGCAAUCAUGAUGAUGGAUCUAACAAAAAGCCUUCACCUCCAGAAGACAGCAAUCAUGAUGAAUCUGAAGGUUCUAACAAAAAGCCUCCACCACCAAAUUCUGAUCAUCCACCAUCUCAAACCCCUCCAAUUUAUGUAACGCAGCCCUCAACUCCAUCAUCUUCGCCAUCAUCACACUCACCUCCUACUACCACUCCAUCUUCACCGCCAUGGUCAACACCUUCAUCAACACCUCCUACUAUCACUCCUACUUCGCCUUCACCUCCAUCUCAAUCCACACCUUCUCCAACACCUCCUACCACCACUCCAUCUUCACCUUCACCAACACCUCCUACUACCACUCCCUCUUCACCUUCACCUCCAUCUUCAUCCACUCCUUCACCAUCACCUCCUACUAUCACUCCAUCUUCGCCUUCACCUCCAUCUCAAUCCACACCUUCUCCAACACCUCCUACCACCCCUCCAUCUUCAUCCACUCCUUCACCAACACCUCCUACUACCACUCCUACUUCGCCUUCACCUCCAUCUCAACCCACACCUUCUCCAACACCUCCUACCACCACUCCAUCUUCACCUUCACCAACACCUCCUACUUCACCUUCACCUCCAUCUCAAUCCACACCUUCUCCAACACCUCCUACCACCACUCCCUCUUCACCUUCACCUCCAUCUUCAUCCACUCCUUCACCAACACCUCCUACUACCACUCCUACUUCGCCUUCACCUCCAUCUCAAUCCACACCUUCUCCAACACCUCCUACCACGACUCCAUCUUCACCUUCAGCAACACCUCCUACUACAACUCCCUCUUCACCUUCACCUCCAUCUCAAUCCACACCUUCUCCAACACCUCCUACUACCACUCCACCUUCGCCUUCACCUCAAUCUUCAUCAACACCUCCCAACACUACUGCUUCACCAUCUACACCUACUCCAACACCUCCUACAAAACCAUCUAAUCCUUCUCCACCAUCAACUCCUACUCCAUCUCCACAUACUCCCACUCCACCUACUUCCUCUUCUCCCCCUCCAUCGACUCCUUCUACCUCACCCAAGACAGCCCGGUGUAAAAACAAGUACUACCCCAGAUGUUACAACACUGAGCAUGUGUGUCCCAGUGCAUGCCCUGGUGGAUGUGAAAUUGAUUGCGCCACUUGCAAGCCUGUUUGCAAGUGUGACAGACCAGGAGCAGUGUGCCAAGACCCUCGUUUCAUUGGUGGUGAUGGCAUUACCUUCUACUUCCAUGGCAAGAAGGAACAUGAUUUCUGCCUUGUAUCUGACCCGAACCUCCACAUCAAUGCACAUUUCAUUGGAAAGCGAAAUGAGAACCUAACGCGGGACUUCACUUGGGUCCAGUCCAUUUCUAUCUUCUUCGACAAACACCAACUCUUCCUUGGUGCACUUAAAGCAUCUACAUGGGAUGACUCUGCGGACCGCCUCUCUCUCGCUUUUGACGGAGAGCCCCUGAACUUCCCAGGCAAUGAAGGCUCCAAAUGGCAAUCCACAAGUGUGCCAAGUGUAUCCAUCACAAGAAUUAGUGACAGCAAUAACGUCGUAGUUGAAGUUGAAGGACUCCUAAAGAUCACAGCAAAGGUUGUGCCUAUAACUGAAGAGGAUUCAAGAAUUCACAAUUAUGGCAUAACCAAGGACGAUUGUUUUGCUCAUCUUGAUCUUGGUUUCAAGUUUUACUCUUUAAGUAACGAAGUCGACGGUGUGCUGGGCCAAACAUAUAGACCAGGAUAUGUGAGUCGUGUAAAUGUGGGUGCGAAGAUGGCUGUGAUGGGAGGAAACAAAGAGUUUGCGACUUCAAGCUUAUCCACCCCAGAUUGUGCUGUAGCCCGUUUCAGAGGUGGUAAUGGCUUUGAAGGGGCAGGCUACAUGGGGGGUCUUGAGUUACCAAGCAUGAGAUGUGCAAGUGGGAUUGAUGGUGAAGGAGUUGUGUGCAAGAGAUUGGCUUAAUUAUGAAUCAAUUAUGAGCCGCAUGCAUUAAUACGAUUGAUAAAAGGAAUAAGGUUGAAAAUCACUGGGGAUAAAAAUAAAAUAAAAAAGAAACCCUCUUGUACUGCACAUUUAAAAGCUUCAUGACAUCAAUUGUGUCUUGAUAAAAACAAAUUCCGGCAAUUUAAUACUGAAUUUUCUUCUGUUGAAUCUCAAUAAAAAUUGUAAUGAUUUUCGUCUUU